AUGGCGAAGCUGCCUUCUACUCCCAUAUGGAUGUACCCUCCCAUCACCACACCAUUGCAGAGCGACCGCUCCAUCAUGGAAGAAAGCAUGUCUAGUCUAGAUAAGGAAUCUGUGGUGAACACCAUGGUUUAUCCAAUCACGACUCACAAGGUUCUUCAUGUCCCACCACCAAUACCAACACCAUCGCCACCUGAAUUUGGGGAGAACGCCAUCAUUUAUCUUACUCACACUCACAAGAUAAUCGCAGAGCUUGUGGGAACCUACAUUCUUGUAUUUGCUGGGUGUGGAUCGGCGCUUAUCGACCAAAGAGGUCCCAUAACGUCGUUGGGCAUGGCCGUUGUGUGGGGCCUAACAGUGAUGGUGAUGAUCUACACCAUCGGUCAUGUCUCAGGUGCCCAUAUCAAUCCUGCGGUUACCAUCGCCUUGGCCGUCUCCAGAAAAUUCCAAUGGAAACAUGUGCCAGCUUAUGUAAUAGGUCAGGUGAUUGGUGGGAUCCUGGCGAGCCUCACCCUCCAUGCAUUGUUUGGGAAAGAUAAUCUACGGCCGACGCUCACUCUGCCUCAGGGAGACACCAGUCCUCUCAAUACUAUUAUUUGGGAAUUCAUCAUCACCUUCAUUUUGAUGUUCGUAGUGUCCAGCGUGGCCACCGAUCAGAGAGCGGUCAAGGAACUGUCAGGAGUUGCAGUAGGAGGAACGAUCCUAUUAAACGCCCUCAUCGCUGGGCCAGUGACUGGAGCUUCCAUGAAUCCUGCAAGGAGCAUUGGGCCCGCCAUUGUUGCAAAACACUACCAUUCGCUUUGGAUUUACAUAGUCGCACCUGUCUUUGGAGCCAUCGCCGGAUCCACUCUCUACACACUCCUUCAGUUACCUGACAAAUACAACAAAGACAUUUGA